GUUGAAGAUGAUCCAAAGACUGGGCUUCACAUUGUGGGCAGGGGAGGAUUCCCUAACAGUGGGGGAGUGUUGGAGUGUGAUGCUGCCAUCAUGGAGGGCAUCACUGGCAGGUUCGGGGCAGUCGCAGCGCUACGAGGGGUUGGGGCUCCGGUGCGGGUGGCUCGUAGGGUGAUGGACAGAAGCCCCCACAGUCUGCUUGUUGGGGAGGGAGCAGUAGCUUUUGCCCGGGAGCAGGGCUUUACUAUAGAGCCUGAUGACAACAUGCUGAGUGCACACUCAGCCAAGGCUUACCAGGUACCAAUACUCCCUGGAGGAAAAUGGCAUGGCUAACCAUUUUAAAUAUAAAUAACAGAUAUUGGAAAACUACAAAUUAUAACUCGUAUUCAUUCUUGCAGGAAUUUCUGGAACAGAAGCAAAGUGUCAGUGGACAUGACACACUUGGGGAGAACUGAAACUUUCUUUUUAAAAAUGUUGAUUUAUCAUGAUCUUCCUGCUCAUUGUAGAGCAUUGAGUGACAGUAGAACACCUACUGUAACAACUGAAAAUGACUGAUAAAUGUGACUGAUACUUGUGCAUUAAAUUGUUUGGUCCUCUAGGGGGAGUCCUAAUCCAUAUAAUCACAUUAGUCUGGGUUGUAUAUUACAUUAUUUAUGGAUCUCUAACCUGACACCUACUGUUUUUAAUCUGGAAUCUCUUUACAAUAGUCUCGAUUCCCCCCAUCUCCAAAAUCAAAGUUUCUCAUCUAAGUUAAAUAACCCCACUUUCCCAUUUUUUUUAUUACUGACCAUUCCUGCAAGACAAGUUGGUACAAUACAUCUGUGGAACAAGGUCUAAAAGUGCAGGUUACAUAUUUAGUAUCAGGUCUAACCACUUCUUCCCUUUCUCAACAGGACUUAUAGCGUUAGACAGCAUGGGGAACAUAACUGUUGGAGUUUCUACUUCAGGGGCCCCCUUCAAAUCACCAGGGAGGGUGGGAGACUCGCCCCUACCUGGAUGUGGCCUAUACGCUGAACACAUGGUGGGAGCAGCGGCAGCCACAGGUGAUGGUGAUAAAAUAAUGUGUCAUUGCCCAAGCUUCCACGCUGUUCAACUGAUGAAACAGGGGUUAUCACCCAACAGGGCCUGUUACACUGUCCUGGAUGACAUCAUCAGGAGGACUGCCCCAGACAAGUGCUUUGAGAUUGGACUCAUCGCCUUGAACAUGAAGAGCGAAAGGGAGUGCCGUUUUAUAAGAAAAGGGGAUUUACUGUGACGAGUCCAAGAUGAAUCCCGAAUAUGACUAUUUAUUCAAGCUGCUCCUGAUCGGUGACUCUGGCGUCGGAAAGUCUUGUCUUCUACUCCGAUUUGCAGAUGACACAUACACAGAAAGCUACAUUAGCACAAUCGGAGUGGACUUCAAAAUACGAACUAUAGAAUUAGACGGAAAGACUAUUAAACUUCAAAUCUGGGACACGGCAGGACAGGAGAGGUUUCGCACAAUCACAUCCAGCUACUAUAGGGGAGCCCACGGCAUCAUCGUAGUCUAUGACGUCACAGACCAGGAGUCCUUCAAUAAUGUCAAGCAGUGGCUACAGGAAAUCGACCGUUACGCCAGUGAAAACGUCAACAAGCUAUUGGUAGGGAACAAGUGUGACCUGACAACAAAGAAAGUGGUGGAUUACACAACAGCAAAGGAGUUUGCAGACUCCCUGGGCAUCCCGUUCUUGGAAACGAGUGCCAAGAACGCCACCAAUGUGGAGCAGGCCUUCAUGACCAUGGCUGCUGAGAUAAAGAAGAGGAUGGGCCCUGGGGCUACGACCGGAGGCAACGAGAGGUCCAAUGUCAAGAUCGACAGUACGCCUGUCAAACCUGCCUCGGGGGGCUGCUGCUGAGAGGGAGAACCCCACCAACACCUCUACCCUCACCUCAACCACCCCCCUCCACCUGGCCCCAUUCUCCACCAUGCCUCACCCACCCAGCUUAACAGUAACUGAGCGAGAGUGUGAGAGCGAAAACAAAAUUAAGUUGCCUGAAUUUGUACUGUAGCCGUACUACCACCAAAAACGUAUGGUUAUCACCCUCCCUUUAUGCCCUGGUAGUUGAUGAUUAGUAGUACUUUCCAGGCUAUCUGUUAGCAGUCAGCCACUCACUGGACCUCCCCUGGCCCCCUCCUGGAUUGGCUUUACCCCCCACCCUUACCCGAACCUCAUCAGAAACAAUGGAUUUUGUUUGAGCCCCCACCCCCAUCUGUGUGAAGGUUAAUGAGAAUGUAUGCGUGUCUAUCUCACUGCAUUCCUACUGCAGGGUUGGUCUGUAGUCAAAUUCAAUGUUUUCUUCUUCUGUCCCCCUCUUUCCUUCUCGGUUAUUUUUCUGUUUGUAUCAGUGUAGAUCUCUGUCCCCUUUCGAAGGCGUUUAUUCGCCAAUAUGCGGUCAGCCAACUGCACAACAGUGUCUCACUGUCUCGCAAAAAAGUCUAGUGACAAAUAUGUACAUAUACAUGUGUGUGUGUGUGUGUGUGUGUAUAUAUGUAAGAUCUGAUUUGCUCGUUCUGUAGACUUCAGUACAUUAUCGGAGUAGUCUUGACUUAAUCUCUGCAUUAAAUUUGUCUCAACAUGUCACAUUUAAACUGAAAAAUAAAUAAAUGUUGUACUUCCAGACUGUAUGAUAUGGAAAGAUCUGUCUGCGAUUCUUGGUGGGUAUGUAGGAACAUUUUGUUUUUAAUAAUUUAUUCUACAUUUAUAUGGCAAAUAUAUUGUACCAGUAACUUAGACUGUAUGCAAAUUAGCCAUUACCUGUGGAAUAUCUCAGUACAGAAUUGCAUAUAUAAAACACUAUGUUCUUUUUUCAUAAUAAAGGCAACUGAAUACAGUUUUAAAAGAG